GAACAUUGGGUGUAGUCUGCGGGACUUUUCAUGGCUCUGCGCAUUCUCCACUGCGCUGUUCAGAAGAGCACAGCGGGAUCUUCUCCAGGCUCCGCUCCAAACACCGUGGCCCCUGAGAGCCACAGAGGACUCCGCGCCCGCUCCGGAUCCGCGCACACAGCGCUCAAAGUGCUCAAAGUCUGCUCAAAGUUUCACAAAAGUUUUGCGGACUCAGAAUCUGCUUCGAGACCACCUCAGUAUUUGAAGGACUGAGCCGCUGCGGGACAUGGCCUGGAUCCGGAGGCUCGUGUCUCUGCUCGCGUGCUGCUGCUUCGCUUUGCCGUGCGCGCACGCGGCCAUGGACGAGUGCGAGGACGAGCACGGGCGCGCACAGAGAUGCAUGCCCGAAUUUGUGAACGCGGCCUUUAACGUGACCGUCGUGGCUACGAACACCUGCGGCUCUCCUCCGGAGGAGUACUGCGUCCAGACCGGCGCCACGGGCGUCACCAAGUCGUGCCACAUCUGCGACGCACGAGACCCCCGCAAUCACCACAGCGCGAUCUACCUCACAGACUACAACAACCAGCAGGACGCCACCUGGUGGCAGAGCCAGACCAUGUUAGCGGGAGUGCAGUACCCGCACUCCAUCAACCUCACCCUGCACCUGGGUAAGGCAUUUGACAUAACAUACGUGCGUCUCAAGUUCCACACAUCUCGUCCUGAGAGUUUUGCCAUCUACAAGCGAAGCAGUGAGUCUGGCCCUUGGGUGCCCUACCAGUUCUACAGUGGUUCAUGCGAAAAAACCUACCAGAAACGCAACCGGGGUUUCAUCCGCACGGGUGAGGACGAGCAGCAGGCCCUGUGCACAGACGAGUUCAGCGACAUCUCCCCCCUGACUGGAGGAAACGUGGCCUUCUCCACGCUCGAGGGCCGCCCCAGCGCAUACAAUUUUGACCACAGCCCUGUACUGCAGGACUGGGUGACCGCCACAGAUAUCAAAGUGACGCUGAACCGACUCAACACCUUCGGAGAUGAAGUCUUCAAUGACCCCAAGGUCCUCAAGUCAUACUACUACGCCAUUUCAGACUUUGCUGUGGGGGGAAGGUGUAAGUGCAAUGGCCAUGCCAGUGAGUGUGUCAAGAACAGCGGGGGUAGUCUCGUGUGUAACUGCAAGCACAACACAGAGGGAACAGACUGUGAGCGCUGCAAACCCUUCUACAACGACCGGCCGUGGAGACGAGCCACUGCCGACAACGCUAACGAGUGUCUGUCCUGUAACUGUAAUGGAAAGAGUUCCGAGUGCUACUUUGACGCAGAGCUGUACCGAGCCACGGGCCAUGGAGGACACUGCCUGAACUGUGCCGACAGCACCGACGGACCCAACUGUGAACGCUGCCUGGACAACUACCACCGCGACCACACCGGGAGUCGCUGCCUGCCCUGCGGCUGCAACUCCAUCGGUUCCGAGUCUCCACAGUGCGAUGACAGAGGAGUGUGCUCCUGUAAGCCUGGAGUGACAGGGGAGAAGUGUGAUCGAUGCCAACCAGGUUUCCACAGCCUCACCGAGGCCGGCUGCAGGCCGUGCUCCUGCUCUCCGUCAGGCAGUACCCAAGAGUGCGAUGUUCACACAGGCCAGUGCCGCUGCAAAGACUAUGUGGAAGGUUUCACCUGUGACAGAUGUAAACUGGGCUACUUUAAUCUGGACCACAACAACCCACAGGGCUGUACCCCCUGCUUCUGUUUCCAGCACUCGUCAGUGUGUGACAGCGCUGAGGGCUACAGCAUCCACACCAUCUCCUCCACCUUUGACACAGACACGGAGGAGUGGGUUGCUCAGCAGAGAGAUGGCUUUGCUGUCCCUGUGCAGUGGACCAGUGGUCAGGAGAUCUCUCUCAUGUCUGAAGACUACUUUCCCAUGUACUUUAUGGCACCAGAUAAAUUUUUGGGGGACCAGCUGCCAAGCUACGGGCAGAACCUGAGCCUGAGUUUUCGGGUGGACCGCCGAGACACCAGACUGUCGGCUGAAGAUCUGGUCCUGGAGGGGGCUGGUUUGAGAGUGGCUGUACCUCUGAUCGCUCAGGGAAAUGCUUAUCCCACUGAGCACAUGCAGACUUAUGUCUUUAGGCUUCAUGACAGUGCAGAUUAUCCCUGGAGGCCCGCUAUCAGUCACUCGGAUUUUCAGCGACUGCUUCACAACUUGACAAGCAUAAAAAUCCGAGGAACGUACAGCGACAAGAGUGCUGGAUACCUGGACAACGUGCACUUGGUGACAGCUCGACGGGGCCCCGGUGAAACGGCUCACUGGGUGGAGUCCUGCACUUGUCCUCAGGGGUAUGAGGGUCAGCACUGUGAGAGGUGCAUUGUGGGAUACCGCCGUGCUCAGCCCCAGCUCGGAGCCUUCAGUCAGUGUGAGCCCUGCAACUGCCAUGGCCACAGCCAGACAUGUGACCCCAACACAGGAGCAUGCAAGUGUGAUCACAACACCGCAGGGCUGAGCUGUGAGCGUUGUCAAGACGGUUUUUAUGGAGAUGCCACUGGAGGCACUGCAGCAGACUGUCAGCCCUGCCCCUGUCCCAGCGGGGCAACUUGUGCUGUAGUCCCCAAAACCAAAGAAGUGGUGUGCACCAACUGCCCUGCUGGCACCACGGGAAAACGCUGUGAGUUGUGUGAUGAUGGUUUUUUUGGAGAUCCUCUUGGGCAAGAAGGUCCGGUGAGAGCUUGCCGUGCCUGUAAAUGCAGUGACAACAUUGACCCCAACGCUGUGGGAAACUGUCACCGUGAAACCGGAGAAUGUCUCAAAUGCAUCUACAACACAGCAGGAUUAUUCUGUGACCGCUGCCAAGAUGGCUUCUUUGGCAACGCCCUGUCCGCCAACCCUAGUGACAAAUGCAAACCGUGUGCAUGCUUUCCAUUCGGCACCGUGGACCAGCAGACCAGCUGCUCCCAGGUCACAGGCCAGUGUCUGUGUUUGCCCAACGUUACAGGAAGAGACUGCAGCGCAUGUGAGCCGGGCUUUUACAACCUACAUAGUGGCAAAGGCUGUGAACGCUGUAACUGUAAUCCCAUUGGCUCCACUAAUGGGCAGUGUGAUGUGGUCUCCGGUCAGUGCGAGUGUCAGCCAGGUGUCACAGGGCUCCAGUGUCAGCAGUGCGAAGUCAACUUCUUUGGUUUCAGUUCCUCUGGAUGCAAACCAUGUGACUGCGAUCCUGAGGGCUCCCUCUCGGGCCAGUGUAAGGAGGAUGGCCGCUGUGAGUGUAAGCCUGGAUUUGUCGGUGCCCGAUGUGACAUGUGUGAAGAGAAUUACUUCUACAACCGCUCUGCACCUGGCUGUCAGCAGUGUCCAUCCUGCUACAGCCUUGUCCGUGACAAAGUGAACCAGCAGCGGCAGAAGCUUCAUGAUCUCCAGACGCUCAUUGACAACCUAAGCUCGGGUCAGGAGACAGUGAGUGACAAGGCCUUUGAAGAGCGUCUCAGAGAGGCUGAACGGGCAAUUGCAGAGCUAUUGGAAGAGGCCCAGACCAGCAAAGAAGUGGACCGAGGUCUCUUGGAUCGUCUGAAUAACAUUAACAUAACACUGACGACACAGUGGAACCGUCUCCAAAGCAUCAGGAACACUGUUGAUGAGACGGGAACACAGGCUGACAAGGCCCGGGGACGGGUCAGAGAUGCUGAGAACCUCAUUGAUCGAGCACGCCAGGAGUUAGACAAAGCCAAGGAUGCAAUCAGCAAAGUGGACAUUAAGCCCCCCAGUGGAGGUGGAGACCCCAAUAACAUGACACUAUUGGCUGAAGAAGCACGCGCCUUGGCUGAAAAGCACAAAAUGGCUGCUGAUCAGAUUGAGAAGAUUGCCAAGGAAGCCAAUGACACAUCAACCAAAGCCUACAACCUUCUGCUGAAAACACUGGACGGAGAACUCAAGACAAGCCAGGAGAUUGACCAGCUCAACAAGAAGUAUAAUGAUGCUAAAGAAAUGGCUAAAAGCCUGGAGAAGCAGGCCAACAAAGUCCAGGCUGAGGCAGAGGAGGCGUCAGAUCGGGCUCUGAGGAUCUUUGCCAACCUGACCAGCCUACCGCCCUUCGACACAAAAGCCUUGGAGGAUGAGGCAACCAAGAUUAAAAAAGAGGCAUCUGACCUGGACAAACUUAUUGAUAAAACUGAGAAGGAGUAUAAUGAUCUCCGGGAUGAUCUGAGAGGAAAAGAGCAGGAAGUGCGCAAACUGCUUGAUAAAGGCAAGAGUGAGCAGCAGACUGCUGACCAGCUGCUUGCUCGUGCCGAUGCAGCUAAAGCUCUUGCUGAAGAAGCAGCAAAGAAAGGCCAGUCCACAUUCAGAGAAGCAGAAAACAUCUUAGAUGACCUCAGAGAUUUUGAUAAGAGGGUGAAUGACAACAAGACUGCAGCGGAGGAGGCUUUGCAGAGGAUUCCUUUAAUCAACGCCACCAUAAAUGCAGCUAAUGAAAAGACGCGCCAGGCAGAAGCAGCUCUGGGAAAUGCUGCCUCUGACGCCAAAGAAGCCAAAAGCAAGGCUGAGGAGGCUGAGAGGAUCGCCAGCAAUGUCCAGAAAGGCUCUGCCAAGACGAAAGAGGAAGCAGAGAAGGCCUUUGCAGAGACUCAGAAGCUGGACUCAGAGGUGACUGAUAUGAUGGAGCAACUAAGUACAGCCGAGCAGGAACUGAACAAGAAGAAAGCUGAGGCGGACAAUGACAUGAUGAUGGCUGCAAUGGCAUCGGAUAAUGCUAAGGAGGCAGAGGACAACGCCCGUAAAGCGAAGAACGCAGUAAAAAGUGUUCUGGGUACCAUUGCUGCACUGUUGGAUCAACUUGGAAACAUUGACAAAGUGGAUCUAAGCAAACUGAACCAGAUUGACGAGUCUCUCAAGCGUGCCAAGGGCAAAAUGGCCGGCAGUGACCUGGACAGGAAGCUAGCAGAGCUCAAUGAUGUGGCACGGACACAAGAAGACAUGAUUACUGACUACGACCGCCAGAUCCGCCAAAUCCGUGCUGAUAUCAUCAAUCUGGAAGACAUCAAGAGGACGCUACCAGAUGGCUGCUUCAACACUCCCUCCAUAGAAAAACCAUGAGUGUGUCCCCAAGCUUGAACUUUCUGCUCUACUAACACACUCCUCAGCACCGUGCAGGCCGUCCUGCAAGGUGUUCAGGCUUUUAAUGAUACUUAAAAUCUUUAAAGAUUUAUUUAUCCACACAAGUCAUUUUUCACCAAGGAAGGAUUUUGGCUCAAGUAGCUUUUAAACACUCAUGAAUUGACUCCAAAAACACUAAAACUAAAAACUAUAACAUAUGUACGGAGCUACUAUUGUAAUAAGAUCAGUGCAUCUGUGAAAACAGUUUGUUUGUAAUAAGAAGUGUCCAUAAUUUGACUAGUACUUCGGUAGUUUGUCUUCUAUGUGUACAUUUUGAUUUGCUUGUGUGUAAUUUGACUUAUGCAACUGCAUCUUUGUGUUUGCACCUUCACUUGUGUAUGCUUUAUUUGAUUUUGUGCAUAUCUAAAAUGAACAUUAUCAAGAUUACAUUAUGAAGUCGUAUGCACAAGACUCUAAAUACACACACACAUUUUGCAAUAGUCCUUCCUUGCCUCUGUUUUGUGUGCCCAAAGUUUAUCUUGCAGGUGUGCCUACUGACUGAAAUAUAGAUGGUGGCCAUGUGCUUGUUCCAGCAUAUUUAAUUAAGAUGAAAAAGCUUAAUUAAAUUAAUUUGAUAUUGUUAAUCAAACAUAUUUGUUGUGUAAGGAUACACUUUUGAAGACAAAAUAGAGACACUACACUACGACCUACACUAUACACACGACAUUUUGUAGAGAAUUGUUUUUAAUAAAACUUGGAGUAGUAGAAACAAGUAUUUUUUGCUUUUGCUGUUACUUGAAUCAGCUGAAUAUGAAGGCUGUAGUCAUUUUUUUUUUUUUUUACACAUUUACACUACAUUUGACUAUAGCCUUUUACAGUAACAAACCUCACAGCUUUAUUCCUCUACUACAGCGCCAUCUACUCAUCUACUGUUAGAUUAUUUUUUUCAAACCUGCAAGAAAUUUUGGUCAAAGACCUUUAGUUAUUUACAAAACCAUGGAAGGACAGGACUGUUUUGUGUAGUACAAGCCUUUUUUAUAGGGCUUGCAUAUUUUUAGUUCAUCUGCUUGUACAAUAUAUUUCCAGACAGUUCCAGAUGCAUUAUGGUGACACGCCAAUUUAUGGGCACAUCUUAUUACAGACUUUGACAGAUGUACAAAUGUACAACAGUUGCUCCUUUCAUAAGCUUGUGCAUUUAAAAUCAAUCUUUGUUGUGUUAGCAUAUUUAUAAAAAUACUGUUUUUUAUGUUUUGAAUUUACAUUUAAAUUUGUUAAACUCUUUAAAGGAAAAAAAGCAAAACAAGAUGAUGUGACUUGGUUGUGAUGGUUGAUCAGAGCGCAAACCCAAAGUGACUGCAUUCUUUUUUUUUCUGUUCAUCAGCAUUUUCGUUUCAAACCAACAGACCUCACAUCACAGGAAUUCAUGAGCAGUAAAGUUUUUAAGCAUUGUUAAAAAAAAUCUAUAUUGACCCACUGUUUGACAAAGAGGCGUAAAAUGUGUUUAACUGUGCAGACGUUCAUGGGACAUUCCUUUCCACAUGAACAGUAUUAGUUCCAAUUGUUCUUUUCAGUAAGUUUGUUUAACUCAACCCAAAAAAACAACAAAUAAGAACAAGUGAUUUCAAAAUGUUGAAAAUUACUACUGGAAGCACCUUUUUCUUUAGAUAGAAUUUGAGUGUUUGCAAUAGAAUAAUUUUACAUUGAUGUAGUAAAAGUGAACUGUUUGGUACAUUAACAAAAGUCUACAUGAGUGAAAAUAAUUUAUAGCUUUGACUACUUUUUCACUUGUUUUGCGGCAAUUCUAACAGUUUUCAAAAUAAGUUGGUUACUUGAAAAUCUUUGCUUAAAGGGCCCGUAUUAUGGUAUUUUUUGAUCUAUGUUAUAAUCUUUCUUCAUCAAAACAGACCUGGAGUUAUGUUUUGUUCCAGUCACACAUUUAACACACAUCCUACAUAUUUAGGCUAAGUUCUUUUGUCAAACAGAAAACACUCCACCUUGUGAUGUCAUGUGGUAAUACAGGAAGUGCUCCAUACAGCUUCACUAGAAUCAUUUAGAUCAUUUCAGUCCUGCAGUUGCCAAUCUCUACUAAACAAAGGGUAAAACAAGCUGUUAACUCGGAAACUACCACUUGGUAACAUCACAAGGUGGAACAGAGCAUUUUGAGCUUUGGAGAUUUAGACAGAUUAACCCUUUAUUGUUGCUCGAACACAUAUGAAUAAAAAAAAACUCCACGUAUGUUUUUGAUGCUAUAACAUAACAUGGCUCAAAGUUCACAAGAGUCCGUUGCAUAAUGUUGGACAAUUACUAAAGCCACUGUAGUUACAUUUGGCCUCCAACGGGAAGCAAAACCUUGCAUACAUACAUUACAUCAGAAACUUUUACAAAUAAAUCAGAUAAUCCAGGUUCGUCAAUAAAAUGUAACUUGUCUAUUCAAGUUAUUUUUAGCUAAUUUAGAUGUUUUGCAAGGAAUUGCUAAGUAUGUGGAUCUAAAGUAAUUGGCACACAGUUGUGUGGAGUAUAUUUUAGUCUCUUCUGGCUUCUGUGGAAUCAGUCAUUGUAAAAACAUCAAUGCUCCUUCUGUGAUCACAUCCACUUUAACUGGCUCUGUGCACAGCGGCGCCUGGACACUUCAGUGCGGCGUCACUACUGUACAGUUCUGUCUCUAUGAGCUGCUGAGCCACGCUGCAUUUAAAGUAAAUAUUUCAAGACAAAAGAGUGGACAGUGACGUGAGGGUGCAUGUCUCUGACAACAUGUUAAAGACAAAUGAAAACUUCACCAGCACAUAUGUUUGUGUGUCAAUACUAAUGCUACUUUUGAGACAUAAAAAAGAUGAAAAUAACACCACAAGCUGAAAAAAUCUGCAUAUAAAACAAUCAAAUAGUAUUUACAUAGAUCAGUUUUAAUUUUAAUGGGUAGUUUAUUUUAUUAUUUAUGCUUUUAAUGAAAGUUAGCAUUAGCUUUGAGACGCGGUGAGCUAGCAUGUGCACAGAGCCAAUUAACAAUAAGAAACAUCCAAACACUAUGCAACUUUGUACAUUUUCCUUGCAAAUUAUAACUGAUACACUGGUGCUAUUAAUUAUUAUUGCAAAUGUUAUUUUUGUGUUUUUUAUGAUGUAAUUUGAAAAUUCAAUGUUUUUCUUGGUGUAAAUAUAUGCUUAAAUGAAUAAGGAUAGACUAAUUUCUCACGAUUGCAGCAAAUCCUUUUCAGGUCAUUCUCUAAUCUAAAGCCAUGUUCAGAUUACACUACAGGAAAUGUCUUUAACACAGUGAAAGGUCGGCCCCAUGGUUGAUGUAAGAAUCAAAACUGAUGGUUCAUAAAACGUUCUCUUUUAAUAUUAUUUGCCCCACUUUGCCACAUGAAGGCUUUCCACUCCACAGCUAUUCCACUGCACUGUUAAACAGAUUAAGAAGAAGAAUUAUAAAACAAUCAAAGUGCAUCACCAUGUUUGGACCAAUGAUUAUAAUUUAAUCAAAGUAUUGCAGGCUUCACUGUACUCCCCUCCCCCUCCAGCACACACUUUUGUUUUUUAGUUUUUUGAACAUGGGAAGGGGGAUGAGUGCACUAUGUAAUGUUAUUAUCACUGGAUUAUAAAUUGAAUUGCUAUCCUCUAAAGUAGAUAACCACUUGUUUAAAAUGUUUUGCUUUCAUGUAAAUUGAAUGAGCUUCACUAUGUUUUCACGUCUUUUACUCAUAUGUAUUUGUAUUUCAUUUGUUUGUGGUUAAGUCACUUCUCUAGACAAAAACAAACAAAAAACAUACACAAAAUUUGGACAUUGUCUAAGACUUGGAGCCAAGCCCAUUAUGGUGCCUCUAUUUUUAAUAAAAAAUGCUAUCACAAAUAUAUCUUACCUUUUAUCAA